AUGGCUUCUCUGAACUUUUGCGCAGAGUGGGCUAACGCUCCCAGCAAUAAUCUCCUCUACCCCGAGGCAGACAACACGAACCAUGUCCUGAUGUAUGCGUGCCGUAACUGCCCCUUCCGCACAGAGGCUGAGAACCCUCUUGUGUUCCGCAACGACCUGAAGCUCAUCUCAAAGGAGCAACCUGGUAUCAUCGACGAACUGAUGACGGAUCCAACGCUGCGCAGGACGCAGGACCUGACGUGCCCCAACUGUGGCCAUACCGAGUCUGUCAUGUUCCAGGAUCAGAGCAAGCGCACCUUUAACAAAAUGAUCUUCUUCUACGUGUGCUGCUACUGCAACCACCUGUUCCGUGACGAGCCCCUGGCAAAGCCCCAUGAAGAGACCGACUAG